CGGGGAUUGGACGCUGCCGCGCAGGGCUCAUCGGCAGCACUGGAGUUCAAUUUCGUCCCCCGUCCCCCUCAAUGCCACCGUCUCCCUCCGCUCCUAGGCGCACCCUAGUGCCUCCCUGCCUCGGCACCUGGGUGGGUUCCCAGGCUCCUCCCCAGAGCUGACUUCGAGCCCCACGCCCUACAGGCCCACGGCUGCCAUGGCAACCGUACGCCGCCGCCGCCGCCGCCUCUACACGCACGUCGCGAACUAACGGACUCCGCGGCGGCGGCGGCCUAUGCCCCACCCCCACCCCACCUGGACCGCAGCAAAACGGUCGGUCGAUCUGCGGCACCUAGGUCUCUGAAAGAUGAAUUUGGCUGAGAUUUGUGACAAUGCAAAGAAAGGAAGAGAAUAUGCACUUCUUGGAAAUUAUGACUCAUCAAUGGUAUAUUACCAGGGGGUGAUACAGCAGAUUCAGAGACAUUGCCAGUCAGUCAGAGACCCAGCUGUCAAAGGCAAAUGGCAGCAGGUUCGGCAGGAAUUAUUGGAAGAAUAUGAACAAGUUAAAAGUAUUGUCAGCACUUUGGAAAGUUUUAAAAUCGACAAGCCCCCAGAUUUCCCUGUGUCCUGUCAAGAUGAACCAUUUAGAGAUCCUGCUGUUUGGCCGCCCCCUGUACCUGCAGAACACAGAGCUCCACCUCAGAUAAGGCGUCCCAAUCGAGAAGUAAGACCUCUGAGGAAAGAAAUGCCAGGAGGAGGAGCCCGGGGACCUGUAGGCCGAGCACAUGCUAUAUCAAAGAGCGAAAAACCCUCUACAAGUAGGGACAAGGAUUGUAGAGCAAGAGGGAGAGAUGACAAGGGAAGGAAAAAUAUGCCAGACGGUGCAAGUGAUGGUGAAAUUCCAAAAUUUGAUGGUGCUGCAUAUGAUAAGGAUCUGGUGGAAGCCCUUGAGAGAGACAUUGUCUCUAGGAAUCCUAGCAUUCAUUGGGAUGACAUAGCUGAUCUGGAAGAAGCUAAGAAGUUGCUAAGGGAAGCUGUUGUUCUUCCCAUGUGGAUGCCUGACUUUUUCAAAGGGAUUAGAAGGCCAUGGAAGGGUGUGCUGAUGGCCGGGCCCCCAGGCACUGGUAAGACCAUGCUGGCUAAAGCUGUCGCCACUGAGUGUGGCACAACAUUCUUCAACGUCUCGUCUUCCACGCUGACGUCGAAAUACAGAGGGGAAUCUGAGAAGUUAGUUCGUCUGUUGUUUGAAAUGGCUAGGUUUUAUGCCCCCACCACCAUCUUCAUUGAUGAGAUAGAUUCUAUCUGCAGUCGAAGAGGAACCUCUGAUGAGCAUGAGGCAAGUCGCAGGGUCAAGUCUGAGCUACUCAUUCAGAUGGAUGGAGUUGGAGGAGCUUUAGAGAAUGACGAUCCUUCCAAAAUGGUUAUGGUAUUGGCUGCCACUAAUUUCCCAUGGGACAUUGAUGAAGCAUUGCGAAGGAGAUUAGAAAAAAGGAUAUAUAUACCUCUCCCAACAGCAAAAGGAAGAACUGAGCUUCUGAAAAUCAAUCUUCGUGAGGUUGAAUUGGAUCCUGAUAUUCAACUGGAAGAUAUAGCAGAGAAGAUUGAGGGCUAUUCUGGUGCUGAUAUAACUAAUGUUUGCAGGGAUGCCUCUUUAAUGGCAAUGAGACGACGAAUCAAUGGCCUAAGUCCAGAAGAGAUCCGUGCACUUUCUAAAGAGGAACUUCAGAUGCCUGUUACCAAAGGAGACUUUGAAUUGGCUCUUAAGAAAAUUGCUAAGUCUGUCUCUGCUGCAGACUUGGAGAAAUAUGAAAAGUGGAUGGUUGAAUUUGGAUCUGCUUGAAUUUCUGUCAGCUCUUUCAUUUCUGGUAUUUUUGUUUAUCAAAUGUGAAGAAAUUCCAGCAAUUUUUUAAAAAAAAACAGGUUUGGAACCUUACAUUGGAGAGAUUUUCUCUUAAAGAAAAAAUUUAAAACACAAAAGAACAUACAUAUACUUGAGAAGUAAGAAAAGCUUACAUAGAGAGCCUGAUAUCCACAUAUCCAUGCAUUAUAGUUGCACACCCUAACCAGAGUAUCGGGGGCUGAAGAAAGCGACCAGUGUGCUAUCGUAGAAACUUGUUUACAGAAAAUGUAGAAGGAGCUCUGUUUCUCACUAGUGUUCAUUGUUUUUUAGUUUUUUCUAUUCUUUGCUCUGAACACGAGAGACCUAUAUCUGUUGGCUUUUAACAUCAAAACUGUGUUUGUGUCAGAUCUAUUAUUUGUUGUUAAGAAUUAUGGUUUUGGAUUAAAUAAUGAAUCUGCUAGUUAAACCUUUAGAAUUCACCUACUACUGUUAGAGUCUAUUAUAUAGUUUGAAUUUUCCCUUCCCUUCCCUCACCAUUCCCUCUACUAGCUAUUUAAUCACUUAUUGAGCUUUAUGGGGGAAUAGCCUCAUGCUUUGUGGUUUUUGAAUCCUUUUGCCAAGUGGCUUCUCCGGUCUUCAGUAUUUUUUUUUUGCUGGCAAUAUUUCACAUUGGAAGGGUGGAAAGAACAUCAUGUUUGUGUAAGAUGCUCUUUUUCAUUCUAGACUUCUGAGUUUGUUUUCACUUUUCUUUCAAUAUGUUCAAUAGAUAAACCCUUGAUUUUUCUCAGCUCAAACAUUGGUUUUUGCUGCAUUUGCCUUUCAUAUUCUAAAUAAAUGCUUCGGUAUUCUACACAAGUCCACUCUCUUGUGGCUAAUGCAAAACAAACAAAGCAAAAUCUUUAUGGUUUUGGAGACAGCUUGUUUAUUAACAAAAUAACAUCAUGCAUAAUGAACAACGAACAUUUAAGGAUCAUUCCUUGUCUAGGUUGAGUGCUUGUACGCACGCUAAGAUUAGGUUAGAAAUAUGGCAUGCCCAUUCUUUUCAGCAGGAAUUAGACCGUAGAAGGAGGCCAGAAAAGGAGAGGCCUUGUAUCUAGUCACCAGUAGAGUAGCCUAGUGUUAGUUUUUAAAAAUUACAUUUAUCCUAUUUUGAUUGGGCAACCUCUGCUUUAAUAGUCAAGCUUUAAAAAAUUUGUAUUUUGGGCUUCCCUGGUGUGCAGUGGUUGAGAAUCUGCCUGCCAAUGCAGGGGACACGGGUUCGAGCCCUGGUCUGGGAAGAUCCCACAUGCCGCGGAGCGACCGGGCCCGUGAGCCACAAUUACUGAGCCUGCCCGUCUGGAGCCUGUGCUCCGCAACGAGAGAGGCCGCGAUAGUGAGAGGCCCGCACACCGCGAUGAAGAGUGGCCCCCGCUUGCCACAACUAGAGAAAGCCCUCGCACAGAAACAAAGACCCAACACAGCCAUAAAUAAAUAAAUUCAUUACUUAAAAAAAAUUUGUAUUUGAUGAUAUCCUGAAUUUUCAAUUUUGGACAGCAACUACUAGUUUAAAACCAAAAAUAACAUAUAGUUUUUUUGACAGUUAAACUCUUAGCAGCUUCCUUAAGAGAUUUCUUCCCCCUACUUAGAACCACAUACCACAGUAUUUAUCUAAUGUUUUAAAUUACCCCCCUUUCCUCUGAGGCAUAGAUUUAUAAGAGUUAAAAUCAUGAGAUAUCAUGAUUUUAUUUUAAUUGAUUUAGUUCAUCUUAAAAGUUGAAAUGAGAGAACUUUCCUUUUAUUCAUGACCUUUUAAAAUAAAGAAAUAAAUAAUCCCACUAAGAUAAUCUUGCAGACUAUUGCCAUCCGGAGUAAGUUAUUUUUUUCCCGAAGUCCUAGGGGCAGUCGUUAAAACCUUAGUGUUUUGAUUGCCAAAACUUGUUUGCAUAGUUUAGUUGAUUAGUCAGACCAUUUUUCUAGAUUUCGUGUUAUUUGUCUUGGCUUACAUUUCCAUUUUUUUCUGAAUUCUUCAUGCAUAAUGACAUGGUAAUUUUGAUUUUUUAAAAACUAUCAGUUGAGCAGUAUUUGGAGACUCAAGCCUCCUAGGAGCUUAUCUUUACUGUGUUAAGUCAGUCGGUGUGCUUUUUUCUUUCCCUUGUUUCUCGUUUUGCUCUGUCAGUGGAUGGUAAAUGCUUUGUAUGUAUUAACCCCUUAAAGGAUCCUGAGGAGAUCCCUAGGGCGUUCCGUCCAACCUUUCCUGCACAUGGUAUGUACAUUGUCUUUAUUGCAAGACUGUGUUGCCUUACCCAGAAUGAGAGCAUUUGUGUGUUUUAUUUUAUUUUUUCUGUUGUAUUAUCAAAUUAGAAAGAUUUGGUUCCUUUAAUUCAUCUGAAAACCUGAGUGUUUGGGAUUCUUCAACACAGUGAUGUCGAGACUAAGUUUUCUACACUUCUGUCUCACAGAUCAUCUGAUCAGAUAGUCCUCCGUUUUAGCAGGCUCACGUUGGUUACUUACUGUGUACCUGUCCCUUGGGUGGGCGCUCUGUGGCCACAGAGUUGGACCAGGCAGUGCAGUACCGACUGGAUACUUCCUGUACUUACACCGUGUAGCUUCUGGCUCCCACUAAUGAAACGAUUUCAGUUUAUAAAUGGAAGGCAUAGUGACCUGCGUGUUGCUUUGGAAAGAUAACAUAUAAAAGUUUUUCUCUCUUUAAAUUUGCUUUAAAAUUAGAAGUGGUAUCCAUUUGCUUGAACAACAGAACUAUUAUAGAUCUUGGCUAUUUUCAUGAACAAUUUUUGUCAUUUCCCAAGCUACAUGUUUAUUGUAAACACAUAC